AUGCGCCGCCGCAGCUGGGCCAGAAAGGUCGAGCGGUACUGCUGCACCGCCGUCACAUACUUCCCGCUGGUCUUCGUCUAUGGCCUGACGUCGUGGGCCGUAUGGGUUCAGGCAGGCAUCGGCUUCGUGCCUUCGAAGAAUGUCUGGACGGGAAAGUUCUCAUCCGCGCUCGGCGUCUUCCUCUAUCUCAUGCUCAACUGGAGCUAUACCACCGCCGUCUUCACCGACCCCGGAUCGCCGCUUAAUAUCAAAAAUGGCUACAGUCACCUGCCGUCACAAGAAGGGGGAGAGAUGCAGUACACGUCCUUCACAGUCAAGGCAUCCACGGGAGAACUGCGCUUCUGCAACAAAUGCCAGUCCAAGAAGCCCGAUCGCUCCCACCACUGCUCUACGUGCAAGCGAUGCGUACUGAAAAUGGAUCACCACUGCCCAUGGCUUGCGACUUGCGUUGGUCUCCGCAACUACAAGGCCUUUGUGCUCUUCCUGCUAUAUCUCUCCUUUUUCUGCUGGACAUGUUUUGCGACAUCCGCUACUUGGGUAUGGAGCGAGAUACUCAGCGAUGGUCAAUACACUGAGUCGUUCAUGCCCGUCAACUAUGUUCUACUAGCCGUACUAUCCGGUAUCAUCGGUAUUGUCAUAACAGGCUUUACUGCGUGGCAUCUGUGGCUUACGGUCAGGGGUCAGACUACAAUAGAAAGCCUAGAGAAGACGCGCUACCUCUCACCACUUCGGAAUACAAUGAAGCACCAGCUUAACGACCGAAACUACGUCGACGCGCAAGCAAACGGGCGCUUAAGUGUUGGCGACCAGUUGCGUGAGAUUCACGCGAACGCUCUUCCGGGAGUGACUAGGCCAGAGGAGGGCGAGCCGCCUUCGCGGUCUACGUCACGCUCUCCUGUACCGGGCCAUGCAAAUGGCUACUCGCACCCGCACUACCAAUCCUACGAGUACCGAGAACGCCAGCAGAACCAGGACCGCUACGACAGCUAUCUCGACGAGCGCGACAACGAACAGCUACCCAAUGCAUUCGAUUUGGGCUGGAAACGCAAUAUCGCACAUGUUUUCGGGCCUUCGCCGUUGAAGUGGUUCGUGCCGCUUGUAACCACAACGGGAGACGGAUGGUCCUGGGAACCGAGCCCGAAGUGGCUGGCAGCACGGGAGCGGAUAAAACGUGAAAGAGAAAGAGAAGAACAAAUACAGAAGCAGCGUGAGCGUGCUGCUGGUUGGGGUGUUGAUACUCCUACUGAAGCAGAGUUUCGGGGCCCCACCCGCGCUCCGAAUGGAUGGAUGCCCGGCCAAUACAGCCAGCCUCCACCACGAGCUACAAGACGUCCGGAAUGGCAGGCACCCCUUGGUCGCGGCGAGCAAACCCAAUACCUCACCACCUCCAACGGCAUCGCAAAAGGCCCACUCGACGGACGAAGAAGUCCGAAUAAAGCCGACCAAAUACUAGGAAGGGAACGCGGCAUGUAUGCCGAUGGCGAUGUACAACUCCAAACAAUCGAUAGGAGGAAGUUUGACCAAUACAACUACAUAUCCGAGGACGAAGAUGACGAUUACGAAGCGUCUAGCGACGAGCAAGCGGUAGACCAGCGGAAAUCGCAAAAAGCACAGACCGUGACUGCACCACCAAAAGGAACGCAUAACUGGAAUGAUAUACCAGAUGGCUUCUUAGAUCCCGCACCGAAAGGGAAGAAGAGCACGAGUCGGGAACGGUCACGGAAAAAUGGCGAAUGGGAUGACUGGGGUACAUAA